CACGGCCUCCUUACGACACCACCAUCCAUCGCAAGCCUCCCAACCAUCACUCUAUCAAGCUGUCAAAUCAAGCUGCUCUUGCCUGCCGACAGCACGCCCGGUGCUAGGAUUAUCCUCUUCCACACCCAGGUGUGUGCCGUUGGAUGCAGAGCACUCUGAAUAGCACACCUCGGGACAAAUCCUCCUGGCGUACCCCCAACCCUCGCAGCCUGGCGGCUUUGCCCGGAUCCUGGUAGCCUUGGGCAGCCGACCUGCAACCCGUGAGGGCACCUAGCCUCCUACAUUCUGCCUCCUGUCUCUCCUCGAGCUUCUCGUAGUAGAGAAACCCGCGUAGCGGUAUCCAGUUUCGACAUCCGCCCACCGCUCUGAGAAACCCGUAUCGAUCCCAACGACCGAAACCCGCAGACGUCGACUCCGCACACACACGUACCUCGACUCCCGAGACCCCCCUUACACCUGGGACAGAAUUAAUCACCAGGGCACCCCUGAACAGCCUCUGACGACAUUGCGGCGACCGUGAACGACUAUCCGACUCCCCAUCCAUCUCGCGCUUGCGACCGCCUCUCCCCGCCGCGCAUCUGUCAACCCACUCGACACAUCCAAAGCGAAGGCAACUAAGGGCGAGCCUGUGGACGAACGAGGAGAUACCGUCAGCAUGGCAUCCCAGUCUUUCCGGGACUCGCUCGGCUCUCUCGGUUGGUCGCGCCGCGAACCAGACCUACCUGUCCACACUUCGCAGCAGAGCGGCCUGCUGUCGUCGCUUCAGUCGCUCAACCCGUUCGGCGACCGUGGCCAUGUGCGUCUCCCAACGACAGAGGGCGCCGGAGCUCCGUUGCCUGCACCAACUAGGCGGGAAGAGGAGGAGGGCUGGUUCGCGCUGAGUAGGUGGGACCGGCUUUUGAUCUUCGCAGGCUGCAAUAUCGGCGCCCUGGUGUGCUUCUUCGUCUGCAUCUUUUUCUGGCCCCUUAUCGCCACACGGCCGAGCAAGUUUGUCCUCUUGUGGACACUAGGAUCCAUAUUCUUCCUCUGCUCCUUUGCGGCUAUGAUGGGUCCUUUGACCUAUAUCCAGCACCUUGCUUCCGGCCCACGACUCCCUUUUACUGCGACCUACUUUGGUUCCAUGGCUCUGAGCCUCUACUUCGCCAUCGGGCUGCGCAGUCAGAUCCUCACCCUCUUUGCAGCCAUCAUCCAGCUCGUGUGUCUUGUGUGGUAUCUGGUCAGUUACUUCCCCAUGGGUUCGAGCGGCCUACGUAUGAUGUCUUCAUUUGGUGCCCAGAGGGCGGCAGCUUGGAUGACGGGCUAGCUGCACGUUGUGCGGAGUGGCUAUUUCAUAUGUGGGCUCUACUAUGUUGUUCGCUGUCUAGUAUUUUGGCGAAAACUGUACAAGUACAUGAUUCCGCCGAGUGACUCUCAGCCGGGCUUGGGUAGGAAGCUGCUGGAUAUGGGUAUUCUUCGAAUGUACAUUCCGUCAGGAUGCUUUUGUCCAGUCGGUAGGUUGGUCGAUGGUUGGUGUAGGAAUCGAAA